GCAGUGUGCGGAGUAAAGAGCCAGAGAACUAAACUAGUCUAGAUAGAAAAAUAUCGCUUAGACACGCCACUUUAAGGAAACGAAUAGACCAGUCGUACUGUAAACAUCUCGCUAGUUUGCUGAGGGAUCGUUAAGUGCGACGUUUGUAUAUUUUAGCAAUUUUCUUCUGAAUAUUCAUUUCGCCAGCUCAUUCACCUGGUCGAUAUUGCAGCCACGGGGAACCUGUCUUACCAUAGUUUGUUUUUACUUUUUCGUUUUGUUGUUUAAAUAACAUUUUACCUCUGGAGAUAUGUCCACCCUGCCUACCGUCAUACCUGAGAAGGGAAGACCGGAAGUGGCCUCUACCCACAAGAGCAUCAGUCAAGCGCCGCACGAGCAUCCUCAGACCGUCUACGUCAUACUGGACUCAGCCAAAUCUGUCAAUCUCAUCAGUCUUCAACCCCUGCUGCCCGAGUCUGGCAUUGUUGCAGAUAUUGAGGUGGACGGCAUUUACUCUACCGAUUCUGACACUUUCUACGAGCUGAAGAGUCAGCCCAUUACACCAAGUGGCUCUCUAACCUCUGCUGAUCCCGUGACCCAAGCCGGCUCCUUGAUGACGUCACGUGUGUUAAUGAGACAGGAGCUGAUGCGACAGCAGGCUGAAGACCAGGAGAGAAGAGAGGCCCAGAAACAGGCAUCUAGCGCUCUGUUGCGGGCCACGGAUGCCACCCCUGCCAUCACAGUGGCCUCCACCCUGCCUGCCACCCCCACACAGGUGCCUGUGGAAGUGCUGAAGGUUCAAACUCACUUGGAAAACCCAACAAAGUACCACAUCCAACAGGCUCAGAGACAGCAAGUGAAGCAAUACCUCUCUCACACCCUGGGAAAUAAAUUAGCCAAUCAGACCAUGGUGACAUCACCCUUGCCCAAGCCUGGCUCCGCCCCAGAGUUGGCACCUGUUCCCAGCAGCACUCCCAGCAGCCCGCUGGCUGUGCUCAGCUUGGGAUCAAACAAAGAAGAGAUUGAGGACGUGAUCGAUGACAUCAUCAGCCUGGAGUCAAGUUUAAAUGAUGAAUUUAUGACAUUGAUCGACUCUGGUUUGCAGCUUCCCAACACGCUACCAGUCUCAGGGAACCUCCUGGAUGUGUACAGCAGUCCGGGGAUGACAACACCCACCAUCACGGUCAGCAACUCCUGCCCUGCAGACCUGCACAACGUCAAGAGAGAGCUGACCGAUCUUCAUUCUGCAAGUUUCCGAUGUGGACGUGACUCACCAAAUGCUUAUCGAGAGCCGUCCGUCUUUACACUGCAAAGCUCGGCACAGAAGCCGCAUCUGCAGCAGCAGCGUAAAUAUGCUGAGGCAAAAGCUAUUAUGAAGGAGAGGCAGAAAAAAGACAACCACAACCUCAUUGAGAGAAGACGACGGUUCAACAUUAAUGACCGCAUUAAGGAACUGGGAGGGCUUAUUCCAAAAUCCUCUGACCCGGAGGUGCGCUGGAACAAGGGGACCAUCCUGAAGGCGUCAGUCGACUACAUCCAGAAGCUACAGAAGGAACAGCAGAGAUCCAAAGAGAUGGAGAUGAGACAGAAGAAGCUCGAACAUGCCAACCGCAGUCUGCUCUUGCGCAUUCAGGAGCUGGAAAUGCAGGCUCGUGUCCAUGGCAUCUCAUCCCAGAAUUCUGACUCCACAUUCUCCCAGCAGCAGAUAUUACCUCUGGAUUCCCACCCCAGCAAUGACGCCCUCUCUAAAACCCUUUUAUUGCUCAACGGGGCGGGGCUCAACCAGACCACACCCUCUUCCUUCUUGUCUCCGCCUUCUUCCACCUCCUCAGUGGGCGGGGCAGUAACCAGCCCACUGGACCUCGGGACUCUCACCUUUGGAGAGUUAGAUGACCCUGCUUCCUCCAUAUUUAACCCUGCCCUGAUGGCAGAUAUAGGGUUGGGGGACAUCCUGAUGGACGACGGUGGUGCCGAUCCCCUGCUCUCCUCUGUGUCCCCUGGAGCUUCCAAAACAAGCAGUCGGAGAAGCAGCUUUAGCAUGGAGGAAGAUUUGUGACACCCUGAUGUCGGACAAUAGCUUGGCGUGGUCGACAAGGACUAUCGUUUAGGUUGGUACAGCUGCUCUGCAACCCAACUUCGACAUUCCUGCUUGCGCGCUCCAUUGACGGCCAGUAGAGGGAAGUGUAAUCCCAAGGUCAUUUAUUAAUCAUUGUACUGUACUGUAAGUCUUGUAAACAGUGGUAAGUUCCAUACAAGAGAGGACACAAAGAAUUGGGAAGCUGGUGCUGAUAUUUAAAGCAUUGUUUAUCAUCUGGACCUCUGAUGAAUACAGCAGAAAAUAUAUGUACGUAGAGUAGAUUCAGUGCUAAACAUCUAUUUUGUUUAUAUUAUGCAGUUGAAUGAAAAUUAGCAAGCACUAUGAUAAGAACUUGUGGACAAAAAGCCACCUGGAUUUAUCAGAUGUGUUGGGACAAAAACAUUAUUUUAGAUUCAAUCCUCACCUUCAUAUGCCAUAAACAGUGGGUCCAAAAGGUUGUAACCACAUUCAAAAUUUUGAAUCAUUUAAACCUGUAAAAAAAAUUAUAUUGAUAAAUAACAAAGAAAUGUUAAAUAUAAAAUGAAGAAAUAUUUAAGGUAUUUACGAUUUCUAGGCCACUAAUGAAAUAUAAGCAAAUUUGUGACAUUGACCAUUUGAACUACUUUGUACAAAACGUCAGACCUCUUCGUGUCUUAAAUUGAAGCACACAAGAUUGAACUUUCUUAAAUCAUUCUGGAUGACACGAUUAUCCGCUUUUCAUGCCAGCUUGAGUGCAUGCUGUCAUUUAAGCAAAAGGCAGACAUGCCAAAUACAAAUAAAUUCAGAAAUUCAUGUAUGUUUAAAUUAAACCUUUGACUCCGAUUGUUAUGCUGAUAACAUAAUACAUUUAAAGAAACAUUUUAAUGAGAAAAAUGCAUAAUAGGGGCAUUUUCAGUUGUGGUCUCAGAAUUUUGAACUUGACAUCAAUAUUGAGGUAGCUCAUGAAAUAUGAAAGGGACAGUAGUGUUUUUAGUUUUUUAAUGUGUGUGAGAAUGUGUAUCUACGUGCUCGCAUAUCCGCACAUUCAAUCAUGGCGGUAGUAAACCUGUUUUUAAAUGCGCUUUAUGUCCUUACAGACAGAUAAAGAACAUCCUGUUCAACCUUCACUUCCUGCUAUGUUCUGCUCUUUUAUGGAGCUGCUGUUGAUUAUGGAGUCAAAACAGUUUCAAAUAGAGAAAACAUGUUAAGGCUCUGAAAGAUGUAAAGGUGAACAGCAUGAAUAAAUACUAAUAACUGGGCCGCCAGAAUUUCCCAGAUGGGUAUAGCUGCAGGCUGGGGAUCUUCAAAAUAGGCCGGUGUUACUCCACAAGGGGAAGGGUUACCUCAAAAGGAGGUUGCACUAACUCCAAAAGAGUACAUCACUUUCAAUCGCUUUUAGGGAAAAUUAGGUUUGGUGCUCCCUAUAUCUUUGAUGGUGGUUUGGAGCACCCACCCCUUUUUGAAGCUCUGCCUGCAGCUAUAUCCUUCUCGAAUUUCUCUGAGCUGGCACAUUUAAAACCUAGACAUUUCAAAAUGUAUUAAAUAGGUGUUUAGCUAUUCCAAACAGGUACCAUUGAGCUGCACUGCAUCUUGGCCACAUACCUCUUAGGCCAACAUUUUGAUUUGAAUUAGUUUUGAUUUGAUCAAAUUGAAAUCCCAACAAUUCCAUAUUUCUCUGGUUUAAUCACUUAUUAUAGUUUUGUGCUGAAGUUAGAUUGUAUAUGCAAGAAGUUUCAUGGUGAAGUACCAAAGUUUUUCGUGAUCUGAUAACAUUUGCAUUUGCAUUGACAUUCAAAAGAACAUGUGAUCUCACAAAAAUGUUCCUGUUCUCUGCCUGAGAGGAACAAUAUUAUUUGAAUCGUUGUACUGUUAUUUUAAUGUGCAUUACUGCACGAAUUAUGUAUUUCAUUCCUGACGACGUUCUGACAGCUGGAUGAUUUAUUCCAACAAAGACUAUUCUAUAUUGUUUACCCAACUGGUUGGCUUUGCCUGAACGAUGGUUGUCAUACAUUUAUUGUCAUAUCCUGUUUUAUAGACCAGUUUUUUGAGCCAAAAGCCACAUUGAAGGGAAAUCCGAGAAGAAAUCGCUUCAUUUUUUUCAACUGUAGAAUGAGAUGUGAUUUUAGUAUACUUAUGGGAAAGUAUAACAAUGCUGGAAACGGAUAAAUAUAUAUAUUAUCAUAUUUUGGCAUUAUGAAUCUUUACCCAGUUGAGAAAAGACAAAUUAUGUUUAUCGUAUGUGUAUGUAGUAAAAACAACAUGGAAAACAUCCCUUACACUGCUCUAGUUAUGCUACAAUGCAACUUAAUCUAUACCAUAUGGUGAUGUGUAAUGGUAAACAUGUAUAUAAUAAUAAUAAUAAUAAUAUAUUGAAUAAUGACGUGCCAAUGUAGCACAACAACUAACAAACAUACAGAAGAUAUUUUUAUUUUAGUCUUUUACAUGUACAGUGCCAUUACUGUGGAUCAAUAUAUUAUCAAAUAUGUUUUCAAAGAUAUUAAUAUUCACCAUGAUAGAUAGUUUUAGUACCUUGCUGGCAAAGAGGGGGAAAUGCGUUUGUAGUUAACAAUAUUUAGAAAAUGCCUUUUAGAAUAAUCAUUGAACGUGUAAAUAUCAAGCCAUACAAGCUUAUUAAAAUGAGAGAAAACAAAUACAUUUCAUUACGUUUCGGUCUAUGCAAUGCCAGUCCCUUGUGCUUGUGUUUGUGUGAUCCCGGUGUUGUCACAUUUAGCUUUACGGUGUUAUAAUGCAGAAUUGCAUGUCCCUACAUUCAGUCCCAAAGCGCAGGAAAUCGCUUCGUUCUCUUGGCUCUCUUUCCAGCUAAAUGAUUACUUUGUAGCCUCUUUGUUGGACACCCAGCAACAGGAUCCGAGCCUUUCUCGUGUGUUUUGGAUGUUGUUUUGCAGUUUCUGCCUGUUCAAAUGUCCUAAAACUUGCCAUUAGUUUAUGUGGUCAGUGUUAUGUCUAAAGCAUCGUCUGAAAAAUAAUAACAAAACACUUUUAACACUGUAUAGCUGUACUCCAAAACAAUAGAGAAGAAUUAGGCAAUGUUUACAUUCAUCUCAUGAACAUGUACUUGAGAAUAUCCUGUAGAUGUCCAGUCAGACUUGAGCAAAGGGAAUGUGUUUUGCUGUAUGUUGUUCUCUAUUCCGAUAUAUUCCUGUAUUUUCCUAACAACUUUGAAACAAGCAAUAGUUAUGCAGAAUUCUUUUUGUACUCUUCAAUAUUUGGUUUGGUUUUCUUUUUUACUUUUAGGUGAAAGUAUAAAUAAAGUUGUAAAACAUCUGUAUUUUUAAGUCAUUUUUUUUUU